AAGAGAUGUCAUUGAGGGAGCAGGGCAGGCUAGCAUCACUGUUCACUUCAAGUUAGCUUGUAAUAGAUAGAUGAAUAUGAACACUGAUCGGACGCACCUCGCCUGCGACUGAAUGUUCGCUCAAGAAAAUGUAGCUGUGACAGUGCAUGUGACAGAUAAUUGAAUGACAAUGGCUGUUUGGACGUGUAAUAAGUGAAAGCAUUGCAGACGUCGAUAAGCAUAGAGCUUCAGUUUACAUGUGACCUCAAUAUGGUGUGAAGCAGGCUCGCAGCUACAUAGCUUAGCUACUCGUAUGACAAGAAAAUGGAUCAUCGUCAAGUCAACAAGACACAUUCUGAGGCACCAUACAUUCCCCUACAUAUUAAUUAUGACAACCAAGCAGAUGCACUUCAGUGAUAGCCAGAUAACUCACCAUAAAAGCCGCGAUGGCCAGAAAAGAUGUAUAGACGGGACGGGGGUCGGCAGAUUCCACAUGAGGCGUUGGCAGGACUUUGUUUGGUUGUGGACGCCUGUGAUGAAGUACAUCUGGAGGCUUAAACGUUGACAUUUUCCCCAUCUACUGAAAGAAAUUGAGUGGGCAGCUGUAAAAGGCAAAUGGACAGUCUAACCCCCCCCCUCCUUAUUACCGCCCUGCCCCCACAGAUCCUACAACAGCCUCCCACCAGUGGGAUCGCUAGGAUAAGUUUUAAUAGUGCUUCAUGCUGGGAGAUUUUUUUAGUACAUGUGUGUGUUUCUGAUCAUGAAAGAGUCUGUAAAUCAGCAUGUUACUUUGUUCUUGUUUGCCUGCAUGUGUGCAGAUAUGCCCUACACACAGCUUUAAGGGUUUUGAAUCAUGGCUUUUAUUGGUCGAUGACUCUCUUUUUUUCCUGUGUUCCUCCAUUUUGCCAUGGAAACCCAGCAUGUAUUGUAAUGCCUUUGUGUGUGUGUGCUUUCUUUCAGAUUUUCCCCUCCCGUUGGUAGCUGGUUGCCAUAGGCGGGCCAGGAGCAGCAGGCAAGUCUUACAAGGCCAUGCCCCGCUCAGAGAAAGUCCAGAGGCAGAGCGUGGAAUCUCCUACUGUGAGAGUGGUGCUGAGCAGAAGGCAGAGCAUUUUUUUUCACCAUGAACACCGACAAACAUCCUGAAUUUACUAACCAAGAGGGGGACAGGAGGGACGUGUGCAGUGAAGUUACAGAUGUGGAGCCGCAGAAGGACGAGGAGGAGGAGGAAAAGAUGGAAGAUAACUCAUAUCGUGAGAAUGGAGUGCAGGGUGAUGAAUGUGUGACCAAUUCACAUGUGAUAAAGACUGAGGCAGAGCAGAUGGAGGACAUUGAUGAUCAGUAUCAAACAGUUGAAAAAGAAAGUGAGAUCGUGCCGAAAGAAGAAGCAGAGGGGAGCGCUGAGGACGGGAUGGAAGAAGGGUUUGAUGACGAGGAUGAUGAUGAGGAAAGAGACAGGGAUGAAGAGGGUGAAACCCUGAAUGAGCCAGAGGACCUUUCACUAGUAGACUACUCGCGUUAUGAUGGCCUGACAGACACCCACGCUGCAGAUUCAGUAUCUGGUGCAGAAGGGUCCUACAUGCCUGGAGCCUCCCGCGUCCAAACGACAGGCAAGCUCAGCUGUGACAUCUGUGGCCUGUCCUGCGUCAGCAUCAACGUCCUGAUGGUGCACAAACGCAGCCACACGGGUGAGAGGCCCUUCCACUGCAGUCAGUGCGGGUCUUCCUUCACUCAAAAGGGAAACCUGCUUCGCCACAUCAAACUGCACUCCGGGGAGAAGCCUUUCAAAUGCCCGAUGUGCAGCUAUGCCUGCCGUCGCAGAGACGCUCUGAGCGGGCACCUGCGCACUCACUCUGUGGAGAAGCCCUUCAAGUGCAACCACUGCAGCCGGAGCUACAAGCAGCGCAGCUCUCUUGAGGAGCACAGAGAGAGGUGCCAUGUGUACAUUCAGAGCAAAGGUCCCACUGAGAGAGCAGAAGACGGCCAGACAUCUAGGACUCAGAUGGGCACCGAGCGUGCUCUGUUGCUUGACAGGCUUGCAAGCAAUGUAGCCAAACGGAAGAGUUCAAUGCCACAGAAGUUCACCGGGGACAACGGGGUUUGCCUGGAUCUGAGCUUUAACAGGGAACUGAUCCACCACUCUGACAUGAAGGAACCUUCAUCAGGCUCCCCGGGGCCUGAUGCCCACCAUCAGCAACAACCCAUCCUUCUGGGGCCUGACAAUGACCCACCUCCCUCCCACAGGCCCUACCCUAUCUCAUUAAGCCGCAACGACAUAUCACCCAUCGGCCUCACUAACGGCCACAAGAUGAACAUGUCAUUCCUGGGCAACCCUCAUGCCGCACAGCCCCCCCUCACCAUGGACUCCUUCCACACAGACGGCUCCCCCAUGCCUCAGCCGGUCAUGUUCAGCUUAGGGCACCUGCUAGGGGCAGGAUUAAACCACCAGAAUGGCAUCCCUCACCAGCACGCCCAGCCCAUCCCUCUGUCCCCACUGGAGGCGCUACGCGUGGUGCGAGCUGACGGGGAGGCUGGACCUCUGCCCGGAGCAGUGUACCCCUGUGUGCACUGCCGAGUGAUCUUCCUGGACUAUGUCAUGUUCACCAUCCACAUGGGUUGCCACGGUUUCAGGGACCCGCUGGAGUGCAACGUGUGCGGCCACCGCAGCCGGGACCGUUAUGAGUUCACUUCCCACAUAGCCCGUGGCGAGCAUCGCCUAGAACUGAAGUAGUUUUCAUUCAUUCAGACAGUUAUGCUUACACACACACACAUACCCAUAUGUGUCAGAACACACAUGUUUACUCAUUUUGGUAGCUGAUAGUAUUAAUAUUGAAAGCAUGAAGUAGCAGCUAUCUUCCUCUCUUUGUCUGGUGUCUGUGCUUGUUCUUGAGUGAAUGUGCGUGAAAGAGAGAAACUGAGAGAAGUGUGUAUGAGUGUGUUUAGCCAUUUUGUAUUCAUCUGUAAAGAUGGUCUGUGAAAUGCUAAUGAGAAGUCAUUAUUUUUCGUAUAUACUUUUGUACUUUAGGAUCCCUGUUUUUAGACCACAUAACAUGUUUUUCACGUGAAUAUCCAAUUAUGUAACAAAGUAACAAAAAUGAAUUCAUCUAUUUUUUAUCUGCUGUAAAUUUUUCCUGUUUUCUGUGGAAAAGUGUUAAAAUAAAAAACGUUUUUUUUUCCUUC